UCCGAUAUCUGCCGACGUGGCAAAAACAUCUGCUCUUUUGCGGCUUUGCUUUUUUAAUCUUUUUUCACAGUCAUCCAAUAGAACCUCUUUAUAAGAUAUUUUCUGAGGCAAAUCCAAACACGCGCGCUCCCGUAGCGCGUGCACUUCAACCCUACAAAAUAAGCCAGUCGCCCCCAACCUCAAAGCCAUCUCCGAUCAGAGAGCGGCGUUGCUCCACCACAUGCAUGACAACGCUUGAUUCUUCCUCCGCCGCUGAAUCCAGCAUGGACGACGGCUCCAACGGCUCCCACCAACCCAGCCGUCUCCACCUCCACUCCGCCGACGGCCGCAACGGCUACGGCUACGGUGAGGACGCCGACGGGGAAGGAGACGCCGAGGUCUGGGAUGCGUUCAGCAAGAGCUUUAGUCAGGUCCAGUCCGUUUUGGAUCGGAACCGGGUUUUGAUCCAGCAGGUGAACGAGAACCACCAGUCUAAGAUUCCGGAUAAUCUCGUCAAGAACGUGGCCUUAAUUCAGGAGCUCAACGGGAACAUUUCGAAGGUCGUUUCGCUCUACUCUGAUCUCUCUACGAAUUUCUCUAGUAUGUUUCAUCAGCGGAACGGAACGGUAGCCGGAAAGAAUGACGAUGCAAAGGGCGCUUGAAUCGAUCCCUUAGUUAGUUAAUUGCAGUAAUUUUUUUUUUUCUCAAUCCCCUCGAUGCUUGUUUCAAUUGACCUAAUUGUCUGGUGUUAUUCAGCAAUUCGGUUCCCUGAUGUAGCGUGCGACUGACGUCCUUAAAUUGGGAAAUUGGUCUCUUGGAAUAAAGUUGGGUUGUGGGUUUAUUGAUUGA